AGGGGUGGGGAGCCAAAACAAGUUUGAUUGAAGGUUCAUGAGAGUGCAUGUCUUGCUUGAGGUUGCCUACGUGCUGUUGGAGAUGCAUACACUUCCACAUCAACUGCUUUAGGUUCUGUAUCGGUGGUAUAAGCGACAUGGCGAGCCGGGGAGGCAGACAUUUUCCAAACAAGCUAUAAAGGCAGUUCGAUCCGAGCAAUCCACCGCCACUGAUAAGCAAAGAUGUGAUCGUCCACCGUACUGCAUCAGUCAUUCAAGACAUCAGCAGUAAGCUGUCCGCAAACUUCGCCAACUCAGAUGGCGGCCUGUACGUGGGGUGUGCGGGAGUGGCAUACGCUCUCUGGUACGUCGCAGAGUCCGGGAACUUCCCGGACAGGAAGGAGGCAUAUCUACAGAAGGCGAAGGAGUAUAUCGAUGUGAAUUUCCAGUUCCUGGUCCGUCAUGAGGACAGGAGUAUGUUGCCGUCCUUCCUGCUUGGAAAUGCAGGAGUGUAUGUGGCUGGUGCCCUGAUCUAUAACUCCCUGGGUGAUAAGCAGAAGAGUACAGAGUUUGUACAGAAGUAUGCAGAACUGGCACCCAUCUGUCUGCCUGUCAACUUCCUACGCUGUGGGUCAGACGAGCUGUUCGUGGGGAGGGCGGGGUACCUGUGUGGGGUCAUCGAACUCAGGCGAAGACUUGGAGUACAGGUGCUACCCCAGACUGGAGAUGCCAGUGUACAUGCCUUAUGUGCUGCCAUGGUGACGUCAGGCCGGGAAUACUCCAAACGGCACAACUCACCCUCACCACUCAUGUAUGCCUACUAUGGCACUGAGUAUCUGGGAGCAGCCCACGGCAUGGCCGGUAUCCUGUUGAUGCUCCUGAGUUUCCCAGACUUCCUCCAGGCCAACCCUGAUGCAGACCGUGACGUACGCGGUGCCGUGGACUACAUGCUGUCCGUGGAGCGGGAGGGGAACUACCCGCCUGCUACAGACGAGGUGCACAGACCCAGGCCUCCUGAACAUGAGCUGGUCCACUGGUGCCAUGGAGCACCGGGGGUGAUUUACCUGUUGGCGCGAGCCUACCUGGUGUGGAGAGAUGACAAGUACCUGCAGGCCUGCCUCAGGUGUGGGGAGCUGGUCUGGUCACGUGGGCUCCUCAAGAAGGGUCCCGGGAUCUGUCACGGUGUCGCCGGGAACGGCUACGUGUUCCUCCUGCUGUACCGCCUGACGGGCGAGCCCGUGCACCUCCACCACGCCGAGCAGUUCCAGGAGUUCCUGUUCACUCAGGAGUUUCAGCAGGACUCGCGCACCCCGGACUGUCCCUACAGCCUGUACGAGGGCGUGGCUGGGACCGUGUGCUUCAUGAGCGAUCUGGCCAACCCCGAGAAGGCUGCGUUUCCCUUCUCGGAGGUUUUCUAAAGUUGCUUACCUUUCCCUCUGAGGUUUUCUUAAGUUGCUUCAGACAUUGUAUGCCAAAGUAUGUAAAGCAUGGCAGUUUAAAACUUGCUAGCCAUAUGUAAAGCUAAGACUUUGAAGUUUGAUUAACUGUUCAAGUAAUGUAAUAGUGUGUACACAAUGUACUCCCUAACUGUCAAACAUUUAGUGUUGUAUAAGAACAUAUAAGAAUAUGUAAGGUGCCUGAAUGGUUUUAUUACCAGAAAGAUACAAGUCUGUACUUGUGAGACAAAGUCUAGAUGCUUGGUUAAUCCUAAUGGAAAUUGUUUGUGUGUGGUUACCAUGGAAUGUAGUUCUCUAUAAUGUUUGAAAUGAUGGUCAUUUAGGAUUAUGCGUAAUGCUAGGUCAUUACGUCUUUAGCAUUACAUCUCUGUAAAAUUUGACUUUUUUUUACUUUUUCUCAUAUUUGCAAUGGCUUUUAAAAAAUUCUUUUUUUUUACAUAUGCCUAUUUUUGUAGCAGCUUAUGAAUAGUAUAGACAGUACAAGUUGACACUAAAUGUAUUAAAGCAAUGCAAACUGUAGGUGUUGCAAAGUAAAACAAUCCAUAACUACAUGAAGUGAAUAAAAGGUGACAUUCUGAGUAAAGAUAAGUACCUUUUGAAAAGUUGUUUCUUUCUCAGCUUUAAAAGCUGUUGUACAUAGUCAACAACUGCAUGACGAAAAGGACAGAAAUUCUGAUAGACAUGACAAACGUCCGAUUUUCACGUUUUGUUUCAAACAUUUUAAUGUUUCAUAAGAAGAGGGCUACCUGGGUACCCCGACAUAUAUACUAGUAGACUAGUGUAGAUAUCAGCAUAAUGCAUAAGUGCCAUUUCUGGUGAAUGUUUGUUUGCAUUUUUGUUACAUGUAUAAAAAUAUAUUAUUUUUAAGUUAACUGAGUUGCAUAAAAUGGUGCUCUUCAAAUUUA